AUGAGCUACAGCACGACCUCGCAGCGUACCCCAUCCCACGCGCAACAGCGCCUGCCGCGCCCGCAGAGCCUCCCCCCGCCGGCGAGGGGCAGCUUUGCGGCGCUCGGCAUGCGGUCGUUCAACAGCCUCGGCGCGCUGGCAGAGGAGCGCGCCAUGCCGCCUCCGCCGCCGCAUGGCCCCUCGACGCAGCAGGCGCACGCGCCGAGCCUCGCCGCGCUCAUGGGCACCUCGACUGCGGCACCUUCUACGCCGCCGAGCUUCCGGCGGUCGCUGCUCGGCUCGCCGCUUUCUGGGCGCUCGACACCCGGCCCGCAGACGCCUAGCACGCCCACCCGUCCACAGGCGCACACGCAGGCUCCUGCUCCUCCUGCAGCCCCGGCCGAGUCAAGCGCCGCCGCGUCCCCGCGCGACCGGCGCCGCGAGAGCGGGCUCCGCGGCCUCGUUGCGCCGCUGCAGCGCGCGCUCGAGGGCCACCCGCCCUGGCCGUACACCUACAUUGACGACGACUACGUGUGGUGCUCUUACGUCAACCCCAUGUUCACGUCGCAAGACGUCAAGGCCGCGCUGCACGCCGACGAGGCGUACGAGCGCCCGCAGUACCCCGUUGCCGUGCUCCGCUCGUACAUCAGCUACAAGCUCGGGCGGGUCAAGUCCGCGGCGCUGGUCGUCGACAAGCUAAAGUACAUCGAGCUGGACCUCGUCACCGACGGCGGGCUCGUGCACCUGUGCGGGGCGUUCGCUGCCAUUCGGGACGAGUACAUCCUGGGCUACUCGUCCGUGGCCGCCAUCCGGCGGCUACAGCGCACGCCGGCGACGCUGCGGGCAAUGGCGCGCUCUGGAUCUCUCCCGUUCGGCGAGGACGAGUCGGAGGCGGCCCCGGCGUUCGACGACGGCGCAGGGCUCGCGUUCGCCCCGCCGUCCUAUGUGCAGGCGACGGACGCGGCGUCCGACGAGCGCAAGUACUGCCGGGCGAAGCGCGCCGCGCGCAGCUACGAGCGCCGGCUCGUCGAGAGCGAGGCGGCGCGCAGGACAGCAGAGGUCGCGUGGCGUGCUGCUGAAGAGGCGCGCGCCGAGGCCGAGGACGAGAAGGAGCGCCUCGCGGACCAGGUGCGCCGGCUCGAGGCGGUCGUUGCUGGCCGGAGAGCGUGGCCGCUCGCCGGCCACAACGAGAACGACGGGCGUAAGAUGGACAUCGGGCAGAUGGGGCUCUACAACGCCUGGACCGACGCUGACGCCGGUGGUGCCAGCGACGACGACGACGGGCUGGACGUGUUCGGCAGGGUCGAGGUGCCCGCCCCGCUCGUCGCCGUCGCCCCGCCGAAACCGCCCCGCUCGGUCCGCCGCAAGCCGGCGCCGAGCUUGAUCCUGCCUAGCUUGCCGGCACUGGACAACCUCUCCCUCCUGGCGAGGGACGAGUAG